AUGCCAGCCCGCUCACUGUAUCUUGCUAAGUCCGGCGGAGGCGCGAACCAACGCUCUCAUUUCGCCCUCUUCAUCCCAAACGCAGAAUAUGAUCGAGACACUAUCAGUGAAGACUUCCGGUCUCUCAAGGCUAUUGGAAUAAGGAUACAUGUUGUGGGAGAACCUCUCAUGUCUGGUUUUGCAUUCGAGGUUCAUAGGAACUACAACACUCAAGCCUAUCCGGACCUGAAGCGGUUGGUCUUUCUUGGGAAGAUCGACGAUUCAAUCCUUCACGAAUAUCCUGAAACUGAGUUUGAGAUAAGAGAGAAUAAACCAAGAAGCCUUAUCGAACGAAUUGCAGCAUCGGUACCUCCGCCUCCCAAAGGACAAAACAUAUGUGCACCAAUCGAUGGAGUGGAUACAAAAAGAUGCCAGGAGUGGACAAUGGAGGUGCUGAAUAUGCUAGUUGAGAAAGAGUUGAUUCCUUCAGAGUCUAUAAGCAUUGCUCAGAGUGAAAGAGAUCCACCAACUAAGGGUAUUUUUGGCUAUAAGAAUUAA